CCCGCGCCGCCCCUACCAGUCAGUAAUAAACUAGCUUCGCUACAUACCGGUUGUUGGUCAUUUCGCACCCAAGUACUUCUCACUGGCGACGAACGGACGUUUUACCUCGCGCGUGUGUAAUUAUUAUCUGUUUUUAAAUCAUGUCAAACCUCCUCGGAAGUUUAACUUUGUUUGACCACACCUCCCAGGAAUGGGAGAUUUUUAAAAGCAGAUUAGUGCAAUAUAUUAAGUUAAAUGAGGUGAAGGACGACAAUAAGUGUGCCUUGCUUUUAACUCAUUUAAGUGACGAGACAUACCGACUGGUGAGGAACUUAGUGCAUCCUAAGAAGGUUGAGGGUUCUAAGUUCGACGAGCUAGUAGAUGUGUUAGAUAAACAAUUAGCGCCAAAACGUUGUAUUUUCGUCGAACGGGCGAAAUUUUACGAGGCGACGCGUGACGUUGCAGAAAACAUCGAACAAUGGGCGGCUCGAAUAAGUGGACUUGCUGUACGCUGUGAGUUUGGAGCCCCCUUGGAUGAGCUGCUUAGGGACAGAUUCGUGCUGGGGCUGAGCGUAGGCCCAGAGCGCGACCGGCUGUUCGAGCAGGAUGCUGCCACGUUGACGUUCGCGAAGGCCGUGGAAGUGGCCCAGAAGGCUGCGUAUGCCAGGAGCGCACGUACUACGUCUGUUCCUGCUGCCGUCGUGCAAGUCAAGCAGGAGCCGAUGUAUCGGGUUGGUACAAGUCGCCCUGGUACCGGGGGGUCCUCCGACUCUCGACGCUGCUCCGUGUGCGGGCUUAAGAGUCACGACGCAAGUAAAUGUAAAUACAAGAACUACCGCUGCCAGGUGUGUGGACAAAAAGGGCAUCUCAAAAAGGUGUGCAACGCUGAGAAGGCGAAACAGUGUCGUGUUAACUGCAUUCAAGCUGACCUUGAGGGAUCAGCUGAGGCCUCUCAGAGUGCUGAAGGUUGCAAGGAGUGCGAGCUAUUUAAUUUAAGGUACGUUAAUUAUGCACCAAUAUUAUUAGAUGUGGCCCUUAACGGGAAAAACUUAACAAUGGAACUUGAUUGCGGUUCAGGCAUUAUGAGAUAUACGGGGAGCGAAAAAUUUGACAGCAAUGUAAGAAAGGGUGAUGACGAUGACAAGUAUACGUGGUUCACUCCGCCACCGCCCUCAGCAUCGCCGCCACCCUCGCCCCCAUUACCACUUAAUCCGCCUCUUUCUCCAACGACUGUCACUCAGCGGUCGGACUCCGUUUCCAGUGAAAUAGAAAAUGAAGAGUGUAACACAGAGUUACCGGUGGAAAAGGAGGCAGAGCAAAGUUCCGGUCCGAAUGUGGAACCUGCAUCCUCAUCCGUCGCGGAUAGGGCCCCCGCGCCGCCGCUACGGGUUGGCCCGACCUUAAGGCCUAGAACUAAGGAAAUAGAUUAUGCUUGUAGAAAUGUACCUAGUAAGUAA